AUGAGUGGGGAGCUCUCCAACGUAAUUACGAAGAGUCACGAUGGAGAGGGCGGGAAAAGCUUGGAGGAAAUUUACGUCAACUACAAGAAGUUGAAGCAGCUGAACGGGGUGGGCGCGGCGUUAGCGGCGAGCGAGGCGGACGAGGCGAACGAGGCGAACGAAGCGAACGAAGCAAACAAGAAUAACAGUGCUAACGCCGCUCCCGCAGCUCCUGCUGCUAACGAGGACAUCGCCAGGGGGGGCACGAUCUUCUUCGAAGCGCAGAGCGAGGCGGGCGAAAGCGAGAGGGAAGGAAACGGGGCCGCCCCGCUGCACAACGAUGGGGAGGAGCAAGCCAGUUUAAAAAAAAAAAAAGGCAGCGAGGGGAGCGGCGAAGGAAGAAGCGAAGAAAGAAGCGAAGAAAGAAGCGAAAAGAGCCGCGAAGGAAGUAGCGAAAAGAGCCGCAAAGAAGGCCGCGAAGUAUGCCGCGCAGAAGGGGCGAAUGGCGAAACUGCCGCGCGGACCCCCCCUCCCUGUGUGCCCAACAAUGACGCAGCGGAAAAUAAAAAAAUAAAUGUGCUAACCAUUUCGCCCGAGUUUAGCGACGUGCGAAGGAACUUCAGAUUUGCACACAGGAACAAUUUGCACGUGAAGCGGCCCCCAAACGAUGAGCCCGCGCUCGGCGAUAGCAAGAGGGCCUUCCUGAAAAGCAGCCACAACCUGACCAGCGUCCCGCUGCUCACCGGGUUUGGCGCGGUUGGCCCGGUUAGCCCUGUUGGCCCGGUUGGCCCUAUUGGCGGUGUUGCCACUGCUGGCCCUGUUGGCCCUGUUGGCGCCAUUCGGCCCGCUCGCGGCUUUGGCGGCAAGAAGUUCAGCCCCAACAGCCAGGCGAACAGCAUAAUCAGCCAUAAUGACCGCACGCUGAAAAUAUUCUGCAACGCGAGGGAAGACGGCGCCAAGAGUAGCAACCCCGCGGGCGGAAAUCGAAGCCGCGGCCGAGCGCAGCCGGGCGGCGGCGCCCACUCGAGCGGGAGCGGCGCGCGCGCGGCAGCGGCCGUCCCCAGUGAGAAGAGGCGGCCCCCCAAGCGGAAGGCCGCGGCGGGAGCGAGUGGAGGCAGCGUGAUGGGCGCAAUCGGCAGAAGCAGCUUCACCGGCAGAAGUAGCUCCCCCGGCAGAAGUGGCUCCCCCUGCAGGAGUACCUCCCCCGGCGUGGUCAGGCGCGAAGUGAAGGCGAAAAACGGGACCAUGGAAACCAAAAGCAGAAGCAGGCUGUCCGUGACGAAGAGCCAAGCCAGCAAAAACGUGAUGGACCACAUCAGCGAGUACCCCAUAACGUCCAAAAAUAUUUACGACAGCAUAUACAUCCCGCAGAUUAACAUAAAGAACAUCCUCAGCGUGAAUUCUAGUGGAGGGGGGGCAGCUUCCAGCACGUAUAACCCCACCUCCUGCGCAGGCCCCUCCCCCUACGGCAGCAACGGAGAGACUAAUGCGUUGAAACGGGCAGACAGUUCCAACCUCAUAAGCACCCUAAACGCAUACUCAAAUGUAAAAGUCGCCGUGAGGAUUAAACCCAUUUCAGAAGGGGAAGAAAAUAUCGUCUCUAUUUUCAACAAAAACUACGUCCUCAUAGAAAAGGAGAAUCAAAAAGAAUGCUACCUACUCUCCCAAAAAAAAAAACAAGCAACUUACGUGUUCGAUGUAGUAUUCGACGUUAAUGCUAGUCAAGAAAAUGUCUUUCUGCACACCGCCAAGCCGUUAAUCCCUCACGUCUUCAAGGGAGUUAAUGGGACUGUCUUUGCUUAUGGGGCCACAGGCUCAGGAAAAACAUACACCAUGCUGGAUGAUAAGAACCAGAAUGGAAUCGUGCAGCUGUCCCUCCUGGAGUUAUUCACCAUCAUUAAGGAGAAGAGAUAUGAGAGGGUAAAAGUCCUGAUGAGCUUCCUAGAGGUGUAUAACGAAACCAUUAGGGACCUCCUUGGGAAGGAGAAGAACAAACCGUUGGAGGUGCAAGAAGAUACAGCCGAAGUGCGCGUAAGCAACCUAUGCGAAGUGCACGUAGAAACAUACGAACAAGCGAUGAUGCUAAUCAAUGAGGGAGUGAAAAAUAGGAAAAUGUCUCCUACUAGGGAAAACAAAGUAUCCAGUCGAUCCCAUGCCAUUCUACAGAUUUAUGUGCAUAACGAAAUGGUGGACAGUAAUAUGAACCCAAUAUGUUAUAAGGCCAAAUUAUGCUUCGUCGAUUUAGCUGGUUCGGAGAGAGCUAGUGCCACGUCCAAUAAAGGCGAAAGGUUUAAGGAAGGCUCCUACAUUAACCAGUCCCUCCUCGCGCUAGCCAAUUGUAUUAACUCCCUAGCGUCUAAUAAACACAUCCCAAAGGUGAGAGUCAAAUAUAGGGACAGCAAAUUAACCCACCUGUUGAAGAAUUCCCUUGAAGGAAAUUGCCUUGUCGUCAUGAUCGCCAAUAUUAACCCGUCAAGGAAGUCCUUCCAAGAAUCGAAUAACACUCUUAAGUAUGCCUUCCGAGCGAGGAACAUCAAACUGUGUGCGACCGUCCAAACGAACGAUAAUAAAGAAAGCGACGUGGAGAGAAUACUAAAAAGGAAUGACCUCCUUCAGAAGGAAUACGACUUGCUUCUUCAACGGUACAGCAAGCUGAAGGACUGCUUCUCUAAUUUGAAGGUCCUCUUUCAGCUCUACAAGAACGUCCACCAUUGCUACCAGAGGAAGGAAAACGCUUCCGGGAAAGUGCCCAUCCUCGGACUGAAACAGAACAUUUCCGUGUAUGAGCAGCUUAUUAAAAUUAAGUCAGACGAAAUUAAACAGAAAAUUGAUUCCCUCCCCGCGGGGGAUGACCCGGAUGAUUUGCUGCUGCUGAACGUUUUCGACUCCGUUGUGGGGGAGGAUCUGGACCAUUUUAUUCGCUCCGGGGGGGGCGCACCAGGAAAUGCCCUCUCGGGGGAUGCACCCCCCCGGUUGAAGCGCUCUGCAGACGUGAGUACAGCAGUGGAGGAGCCGAAUGAGCUUCUCCUAAGAGCGAAUUGCGCUGAUCAAGUGCACACACGAGGGGGCAACCUGGCGGGGGAGUUGCCCUCGUCAGAGAUACCCAUGGCAGGGAUGAAGCUUCCAACUUCGGAUGCACCCCCUGUGGCGGCCGUGGAAGAGGGCGCCACCCCCGCUGACGGGGCGAAGCAAGACGAACAUGUACAGAGGAAUCACCGGGGCAAACGGCAACAACUGCAGACCUUCCAAGACAACCUCACCGACAUGCAAAACAGCAUCUUGAUGGACACGAUCAGCAAAAAAAUGGAGAGCUCCUCCCACGCCCCGAUUAUAAAAACCGACGUGUCGCAGUUAUUCCUGCAGAGCGGCCUCAACGCAGACCCCCGCCUCGUCCUAAAUGAGCAGGCGGGCAAAAGCAUCCUCACCGAGCUGGCACCCCACGGGGUUAUAAAGUACAGCCAAAUGUUAGAUAGCACUAAUAGGGGGCACCCUAGCGACGCCACAAAGGAUUAUCCCCAUGACGCUUCAAACGGGACAGGGAGCCUCUUUAACAACCCUAAUGCGGCGGAAGAUAAUCCACCCCACUGCUCCGACCAUUUUGCAGAGCAUCAUGGAGACAACUUUUACGACGCCAACGGGGGGGACUCUGCCCAGGUGACUCCCUUUACUGAUCCGAUGGAGGCAAAAAACACCACCGAUGUAAUCACCUUGGGGAGAGCGAAGCGUGAGCCUCAGGUAGGCAGGCUGCUGACCAACAAUGAGACGGGUAGGAGCAACAAGAGGAAACUCCCACACGUGGAGGAAAAUAUAAAGCACGAACAUCACGAAGAGAAUUCUUCAUCCGUCAGAAAGAAAAAGUUAAAAGUGAGAGGAAAGUGA